AUGACCCCCGACGCGCUGCUCGACCUCCACAACAGCAAGACGUUCCCGCCCUCGCGGCACACGCCCUAUGCGAACACCGUCGUCGUCCGCAACAACCCCUCCAUCUUCCGCGUGGCGCGCGAAAUCGAGGAGGGCCAGCGCGAGGAGGCCGUCGUCGUCGACGAGAUCGAGAGCUCGACGGACGCCAUGAAGCCCAUCAAGUUCCUGCACCUGCCCCCCGGCGAGCUGAACAAGCUCUACCGCGCGUCCGUCCUCCGCUUCGUCAAGCAGCAGACGGGCAAGGGCAAGAUCGAGCGCAUCGCCAUCCUCAUCGUCGUCGGCAACGGCAACGGCCUGCUCGGGCUCGGCGAGGGCAAGGGCGCGGACUUCCCCUCCGCGCUCGCGAAGGCGUUCCCGCAGGCGGUGCGCAACAUGGACUACGUCGAGCGGUUCGAGGACCGGACGAUCUGGACGGAGAUGGAGAGCAAGUUCUGCUCGACGCGCAUCCUCCUCCGCCCACGCCCCGUCGGGUUCGGGCUUGCGUGCAACCCGAUCAUCCAUGAGGUGCUGAAGGUCGCGGGCAUCAAGGACGCGAGCGCGAAGGUGUGGGGGAGCAGGAACCAGUACCAGGUCAUGAAGGCGAUCGUGCGCAUGCUCUUGCCAGGGCGCGAGCCGACGCUGAUGGGCAACGGCCUUGGGAGGCGCGGGCGGACGAUGGAGAAGGGCAAGGAGUUGCGGUCGGCGAUGGAGAUUGAGCGGGACCGUGGGCGGAGGAUCGUGCCGCUCCAUACGUGA